AUGGGGACUGAAAAUUCUAACCGUCCAAACUUCCCGUUUAGACCAGCUGUAACACCCUUUGCUACUCCUCGAAGUACAACUCCUUUUACAUCAUCUGGUUCAAUAGUUGGAUCAGAAGCCUCUGCCUUUAGGCCUGCCCCUCCCACUGCAUCUCAAUUUCCAACACCUCCCAUCUCAUCUGGGUCUUUGGUUGGAUUAGAGCACCCUAGCUUUGGACCUCCGCUACCAGAUAGGUCCAAUGAACCAGUCAGGCCAUCAUCUUUACCACCAUCAUAUGGCCUGCCAACAGCAGGACCUUUCCAGCGCUUCCAAACCCCACAGUUCCCCUCGGCAGUUCAAGUACCACCAGGUCCACCUCCGCUCACAUCUCUUGUGGGCCAGCCAGUUGCACCCUCACCAAGUAGACCUCCUGGAGGUCCUAUUUCAUCUUCUCCUGUCUCUCUUCUUCCUCAAUCCCAAAUGCCUUCAAUACCAAUGGGAUCUCCUCCUCAAAGCAUGAAAGUUGGACAAUCAUACACAAAUGUUUCUCCUCCAUCUAAAGAUUCAAUCUUCUACCCGCACAGGCCACAUCUUCAAUCAUCAUUACCACCGCCACCUCCAAUGGGGCCAUCUUACAUGGCUGCCGGAGGAAACUUCCAGCCAACUGUUCCAGGGCACCCUAAUACACAAUCAGAUUCUGCUAUUUAUGCUCCACCUGUGCAGGCUGUCCCAUUGUCUUCACAGCAAGGAGGCUAUGGUCCUGCUGCAUCACUGGCACCAUUUUCCUCUCCACAAAGAGGUUAUGUGCCGACUUCACCUGUUGUAACUCCAGCAGGGCUCUAUUCUAGGGACCAGAUGCAGCAUACUGUCAUUGCACCUCCAAUGGGUGUUUCACAGGGUUUGGCUGAAGACUUUAGUUCACUCUCUCUUGGAUCGGUACCAGGAUCUUUUGAUACAGGACUUGAUCCUGAAACAUUGCCCAGGCCAUUGGCUGGUGAUGUGGAGCCAAAUUCUUUGGCUGCAAUGUACCCCAUGAAUUGUAGUUCUCGAUAUAUACGCCUCACAACAUGUGGCAUACCAAAUUCUCAGUCCUUGGCAUCAAGGUGGCAUUUGCCUCUUGGAGCUGUUGUUUGUCCUCUUGCAGAAGCUCCUGAUGGGGAAGAAGUUCCGAUUGUUAAUUUUGCUACAACUGGCAUCAUUCGUUGUAGAAGGUGCCGCACAUAUGUAAAUCCAUAUGUCACAUUUACUGAUAGUGGAAGAAAGUGGAGGUGUAACAUAUGUUCAUUGCUUAAUGAUGUUCCUGGUGAAUAUUUCGCACAUUUGGAUGCCAGUGGCAGAAGAGUUGAUUUGGAUGAACGACCUGAGCUUACCAAGGGUAGUGUUGAGUUGAUUGCUCCAGCUGAAUACAUGGUUCGGCCUCCAAUGCCACCACUGUACUUUUUCCUCAUUGACGUAUCAAUAUCUGCAAUUAAAAGUGGAAUGCUUGAGGUAGUAGCACAGACUAUCAAGUCUUGUUUGGAUAAAUUGCCUGGUUUUCCCCGUACGCAGAUUGGGUUCAUAACUUAUGACAGCACAAUACAUUUCUAUAAUAUGAAGUCAUCUUUAAUGCAGCCUCAGAUGAUGGUCAUCUCAGAUUUGGAUGACAUAUUUGUUCCAUUGCCAGACGAUCUUCUCGUCAACUUGUCAGAAUCUAGAAAUGUGGUGGAUGCAUUCCUUGAUAGCUUUCCCUCCAUGUUCCAGGAUAACAUGAAUGUGGAAUCUGCGUUUGGUCCAGCUCUUAAAGCUGCAUUCAUGGUUAUGGGGCAACUUGGUGGUAAGUUGUUGAUUUUCCAGAAUACAUUGCCAUCACUGGGUGCUGGCCGUCUACGACUGCGAGAUGAUGCUCGCAUCUAUGGAACAGAUAGAGAGCAUACACUAAGAAUACCAGAAGAUCCGUUUUAUAAACAGAUGGCUGCUGAUUUCACAAAGUAUCAGGUUGCGGUGAAUGUAUAUGUAUUUAGUGACAAGUACACCGAUAUAGCAUCCUUAGGGACACUGGCAAAAUAUACAGGGGGUCAGGUUUAUUAUUAUCCUAGUUUCCAAUCUGCCAUUCACAAAGAUAAGUUGAGACACGAGUUAACCAGAGAUCUUACUAGAGAAACUGCAUGGGAAUCUGUCAUGCGCAUAAGAUGUGGAAAGGGUGUGCGUUUCACAUCUUAUCAUGGGAAUUUUAUGCUAAGAUCAACUGACUUAUUAGCACUUCCUGCUGUUGACUGUGAUAAAGCUUAUGCAACACAGUUAUCUCUUGAAGAAACACUUCUGACAAUGCAGACUGUGUACUUCCAAGUUGCUUUACUAUAUACAUCAUCUUCUGGAGAAAGGCGUAUCAGGGUACACACGGCAGCAGCUCCCGUUGUUACCAAUCUUGGAGAGAUGUAUCGCCUAGCUGACACUGGGGCCAUUGUUUCUUUAUUUUCCAGGCUAGCGAUUGAGAAAACUCUGUCCCACAAACUGGAAGAGGCUCGGAAUGCUAUUCAACUUAGGAUUGUCAAAGCCCUUAGAGAAUAUCGAAAUCUUUAUGCCGUUCAGCAUCGCUUGGCUGGAAGAAUGAUAUACCCAGAAUCACUGAAAUUCUUACCCUUGUAUGGAUUGGCGUUAUGUAAGUCUACAGCCCUUCGUGGUGGAUAUGCUGAUGCUUUGCUUGAUGACCGUUGUGCUGCUGGGUAUACCAUGAUGGCUUUACCUGUUAAAAAAUUGCUGAAACUUCUCUAUCCUCACCUGGUUCGCAUAGAUGACUACCUUAUCAAAACAUCCCAGAUUGAUGAAUUUGGCAUCGUUUCAAAGAGGUUACGGCUUACUGCAGAGAGCUUAGAUACCAGGGGCCUUUAUAUUUAUGAUGAUGGCUUUAGGUUUAUCAUAUGGUUUGGGAGAUCACUUUCACCUGAUAUAUCAAGGAAUUUACUUGGAGAAGAUUUUGCUGCGAACUUUUCCAAGGUUAACCUGUCUGUGCAAGACAAUGAAAUGUCGAGAAAGCUAAUGAGGAUACUUGAAAAAUUUCGGGCGACUGAUCCAUCAUAUUAUCAAUUUUGUCAUCUUACAAGUCCAGCAGAAUGCAUAAUUUACAGGGAGUAUGUUUGGCUUGUUACAAAUCACGAUCUAGCUGACAGGCAAUCUAUGUUCCAACUUAGUGAAAUUGUUGAACACAUCGGCUCCUCAAGUACCAGAUGCUAUAUGCUUCGUGGAUUCAAAGUAUUUUUAUUGAUGAUAUCUUUCGUGAAUCACUGGAUUCCAAGUAGAAGACGUUCAGAGAGGAAGACUCUUUCAAGGACUCUUAGCAAUGAUUUAGCACCUGUGUGA